UUUCACCACAGUUUAAGAAGACAGCGGCCGCAGAGCGGUGAGCUCUCCGCUUUCUCCCACCACAAAACCAGAGACGAAGGAGGAAGGAGGAGCUUCUCCACACACCGCAUUCUCUCCACAGCGCGAGGUCAGUUCCUCCACCCUCUCCACACAACUUUCUCCACAGUUCCCCACAAAGAGGGGUUCUGACCCGUGGCUCGAGAAGCCAUGUACACGACGGAGCGCAGGCGCAUGAGCCUGCACGAAGUCAAGCGCAGAGACCCGGUCCGAGUUUCCGCUGGAAGUUUAUGGCAGGACCCCCUGGCUCUCGAGCUGAGCGCUACCAGUAAGAGCUCGGUGUCCCCCCGCAGCCGAAGCCGAGCCCUGUCCGUGGUGUACAUCGCCGUGGAGGACGCCUCCGUGGCGCAGACCGAGGAGAACCUGUCCCUGCGCUGCCUGAGAGAAGCCUGCGCAGACUCACACGCGCUCCUGCACACGCUCCCCUUCGCCUGCAUAGCGCUGGGCACCUCGGAUACACUGGAUAGUUUCUACAACGCAGAUGUGGCAGUUGUUGAAAUGAGUGACUCUUUCCGGCAGCCCUCACUCUUCUAUCACCUCGGAGUGAGAGAGAGUUUUAGCAUGACCAACAACAUAAUACUGUACUGCAACAAGCAAGAGAACGACCUUCAAGUGCUUAAGGAGCAGUGUGGGAGUUAUACCUUCAUCCCAUACAUGGUGUCACCUCAAGGAAAAGUGUUUGCUUGUGAUGCAAAUUUAAUGCGAGGGAUCAAGGAGCUGCUGCAGCCGAACUUUGUUAUUGAACCGCUGCUGACCCCUUUAGUGGACUGUUUGGUAAAGCUGCUGGAAAACGUACAUAUUAAUGCAAGUGAAUAUUUCCAUGAGUCAAUUCGGCGUGAAAUCCGUGUGGCACGGGAGCGCUUCAGUGGGCAAGCCCUGAGUCAAGAGCUUGGCCGAAUCCAGAAGCGUCUGGACACUGUGGAACUUUUUAGCCCUGAUGUUGUCAUGAGCCUUCUGCUGUCCUACCGUGAUAUUCAGGACUACGAGUCUAUAAUUAAUCUGGUGGAAACCCUGAAUAACCUGCCCAUGUGCAUGGUGGCAGCACAGCCAAACAUCAAAUUUCAGUACAUAUUUGCUCUGAACAGGAGGAAUCACGCUGGUGACCGUGCCAAAGCCUUAUCAGCUAUUCUGCCCGUAGUUGAGUCAGGAGACCAGGUGGCAUCAGACGUGUACUGCCUCUGUGGACGCAUUUAUAAAGACAUGUUUUUGAGCUCCGGGUUUACUGACACACACAGCCGUGACCAGGCCUGCUACUGGUAUGGUAAGGCCUUUGAGAUGGAACCUGCUCUCCACUCAGGCAUCAACAAUGUUGUCCUUCUCAUGGCUGCGGGCCAUGAAUUUGAUACCUCUAUUGAGCUGCGCAAGAUUGGCGUCACACUAAGCAGUCUGCUUGGGCGGAAAGGCAGCCUGGAGAAGAUGCAGGACUACUGGGAUGUUGGCUUUUACCUCGGGGCUGGGAUUCUGGCCAAUGAGCACAAGAAGGUCAUAGAGGCCUCUGAAAAACUCUACCGACUUAAUGCCCCAAUGUGGUAUCUGGGUUCUGUCAUGGAGACGUAUAUACUAUACAAGCAAUUUGCCAAACCCCCAGAAGUAAGGCACCCCAAGCAGGACAUGGUGGACUUUUGGAUGGAGUUAAUGGUUCAAGCAUGCAAGCCUACUGUUUCCACCGCCCGCUGCCCUGUCCUGAUCUUAGAGCCCACCAAAGUGUUCCAGCCCACUAUAGUGAGCGUGAAUGAGGAGGAUCAAAGCCGCACAGUGCAACUAAAACAUGUUAACCCACUGAAGAAAGGUCUCCAUAAAUGGACUUUCCCUGCAUCUGCAAUUCGUGGAGUGAGCAUCUCGAAAUUUGAUGAGCGGAGCUGCUUCCUGUAUGUCCUUUAUAACUCUGAUGAUUUCCAGCUGUGCUUUCCCAGUGAUCUGCACUGCAAAGGGUUCUGUGAGCUGGUCAGCUCUCUGAUAGGUCAGAAUGAUGCUACAGGGGAUGACCCUGGCCCUGUCAGUGGAGGGGAGUUAGAGUUCAUGUAUGAGAAAGGGGAGAAUGGAGAGAAGGCAGUGCUGGGGAGAGGCACGUAUGGAGUGGUGUAUGCUGGGAGAGACCUGAGCAACCAAGUGCGCAUUGCUAUCAAGGAGAUCCCAGAAAAGGAUAGCACGUACUCUCAACCACUUCAUGAAGAGAUAGCCUUACACAAGAGGCUGAAACACCGCAACAUUGUUCAGUACCUGGGAUCGGUCAGUGAGGGUGGCUUCAUCAAGAUUUUCAUGGAGGAGGUGCCAGGAGGAAGUUUGUCCUCACUCUUAAGGUCACAGUGGGGUCCUCUGAAAGAUAAUGAGCCCACUAUCGUCUUCUACACCAAGCAGAUUCUGGAAGGACUGAAAUACCUACAUGAUAAUCAGAUAGUUCACAGAGAUAUUAAGGGUGACAAUGUCCUGAUUAACACAUACAGUGGUGUACUCAAGAUAUCAGACUUUGGAACAUCUAAAAGACUAGCAGGAAUCAACCCAUGCACAGAGACCUUCACAGGUACACUGCAGUACAUGGCGCCAGAGAUUAUAGACCAAGGCCCACGAGGAUACGGAAAGCCAGCAGAUAUCUGGUCUUUAGGCUGUACGAUCAUUGAGAUGGCCACAGGGAAACCCCCUUUCCAUGAACUUGGAAGUCCGCAGGCUGCAAUGUUUAAGGUGGGCAUGUUUAAGAUCCACCCCAAUGUGCCAGAGUCCAUGUCGGAGGAGGCCAAAGCUUGCUUAAUGUGCUGCUUCGAGUCUAACCCAGACAAGAGAGCCACAGCCUCUGAGCUGUUGAAGAAUGCCUUCCUUAGGGGCAGUCCCAGGAAAAGGAUCAGGCUCAUGCCAGAAUCAACUGGGCCUGAGCCCAUCACAGCUGGAGAGUACCAGAGGAGCAUGUCUGUGCCUAUAGUUGUGCAGGACAUGGACAACACCAGGACUGACCUGUCCAGCUCUCUUGACCUGAGGAGAAGCAUGACCCGUGUCAAAGAAAGUAACAUCUCAGAGAGUCCUCCCAGUAGCAAUGGCUUCUUAGGUGUGCCAGAGGAGCCUCAAACCGACAUGGCGAGUCCUGCUGUGUCAGGAGAGAACCUAGGUCUGUUCCUGCUGAGGAAGGACAGUGAGAGGAGAGACACUCUGCACAGGGUGCUUACAGACCACAUCAGCCAUGUAGUGGCACACAUACAGGAAUCACUGCCACAGACAGAAGAACCAUCUAUUACCUCAGAGCAUAUCAAGCAAUUGAUUGGCUGUCUACGAGAGAACAUCAGAUCUCCAGACAGGAAACAGCUGACCAACAGACUUCUAAAACUGCGCUCAAGCCUACACUCUGAUGCAGUGCCUCUUAGCAGCCUGCAGGCGGCUCUCUUCAGCUUUCAGGAUGCUGUGAAGAAGGUGCUGCGACAGAGGCAGGUGAAGCCUCAUUGGAUGUUUGCUCUGGAUAACCUGCUCAGACAAGCUGUGCAUGAUGCUAUUACUGUCCUCCUGCCAGAGCUAAAGCUGCAACUGCAGUCAUCGUUCGAGGUGGAGGAGGGAUCUCCUGAAUCAGAAAAACCCAGAAAGGGCAGCCAGGACCCAGCUGUAGAGUCCCCAAAGGAUAAGCACUCAUCCCAGUACCCGGAACAGCAGAGAGUGGAGGCCAAAAGUCCCAGUCUGUCCAAUGGCCUCCUCAGCAGCUGCAGCCCCCUUGCACAGGAAUUUACACAGUUAUGCCAGGAGACUAGAAGGUUGCUUACUCAGCUGAGCGAAAAGGAGAAAGAGUACCAGGAGCUUCUGAGGAACUCUAUGCAGAGUAAACAGAAGGAGAUAGAGGCCCUAAAGGUCAAGGUUCCACCCGAGAACAGUGGUAAUAAGCUUGUGUUCCAGAAUCCUCAGACGCUGCCCAUGCUGCGCUGGCUGAGGGCAGUACCAGUGGAUGAGCACACAAUAAAUACACUUGUGGCUCAUGGGUUCACCUUGGACAGCUUGGUUCAUAUGGCCUGCAAAGAUGACCUGAGAUACUGUGGCAUAAAAGGUGGGAUGCUGUGUCGUAUAUGGAGAGCCAUCUCCAUGCAGAGGACGUCUCACCUGAGCUCGGUGUCGGAGGAAAGUGAAGAAACCAUACUGUAACAGCACCAGAACACAAAACUGAUCAUAUGAGCUCAAUGAGCUUACAAUAUUUAUGCCUUUUUGUCUGGCACACCUAUUUAUUUUUUUUGGGAGGUAAGAUUAACUGAAAUGGUGUAUGUAAAUGUAUUUUUAACAGAAAUAAUAAGCUAUGCAUUUUCAAUACAGUUUUAAAAGUAUUAAA